UUUGCAAAUGCAACACUGUUAUGCAAAUGCUACACUCAACCCCUAUUGUAUACUAUGUGCAAAUUAGAUUGCAUUUCAAACAGCUGAUUUCUUUUGCAUACAUAUUUGUUUCGAUUUUUGGGGCGUCAGGUAAAAUUUUUGCAAUAUGAGCGAUACAAAUGAGAAAAGGGAGCGACCGAACAAAAAAUGGACAAAGGAAGAAAUCAACAAGCUUCUGGAUUUUUUGGAGGAAGCAGAUGAAAUUGAGGCUCCAACGGCACAAUUUUUUUACAAAAAAUGCAUUGUGGUUAAGGGAAUCGAAGCCACGUGGGAUUUGCUGUGGUGGAAGGUACGCCACCUAAAAAGUACAUAUAAAAGAGCGAAUGACUAUCGCACCUCAACUGGCGCUGGAAUUGAUGAAAUGGAUGUGGGCGUUGGCAGUUGUGAAGAAAAAAAUGAGAAAAUGUGCCCCCAUUACAAUCACCUAAACAAAAUUUUCGGAGCUAAAUCGCAUGCGCAAAAUAAUUUCUGCGCUGUCGACACGGGCAAUGACUUGCUGCUUAUCACGCCACAGCCGUCAACAAUUUCCCCACCAGUACAUUCACCGCCAAUAGUCUUUCCAUCAGCAAUUUCAGCGCCAAUAGCCUCGCCACCACCAUUUCCACCGUCAACAAUUUCCCCACCAGUACAUUCACCGCCAAUAGUCUUUCCACCAGCAAUUUUACCGCCAAUAGCCUCGCCGUCAACAGUUCCACCGCAAAUAAUCUCCCCACCAGCAAUAUCACCGCCAAUAGCCUCGCCGUCAGCAGUUCCACCGCCAACAGUUUCGCAGCAACCACUCCCACUUGGGGUUGAUUUUCCACAAUUAGUUAAAAGCAUGGCUAAGAAAAUGAAAAUGCAGGCUCCCAAAACAUCAGCGGCUUGUUUGAUGGUUUACCAGCAAAGCAGAAUGGAGUUGGAAAAAAAAAGCUUCAAUUUGAAAAACAAAAGUUGUCAUCAGUCUACGUGGUGUCCUCAUCGAGAUUUGUAUAUUCGUAGUUUGUGCUGUCAUCCUCUCGUAAUAUGUUGUGCAAUAUACAACACACAACAAACUAAUCACAACAUAAAUUGUGGCUUUCUUUAUUUGUAAGGCGUGCUCUGAACUCCUUAAGACUGCAAAACCGCUCCUUCGAUAGGCCGAAGCAAUGCUCGACUCGAACUCGAAAUUUGCUGUGACGCAAAUUGAAAUUAAUUCGAGAAUUUAUGUCUAGCACUCGAGCAUUACUUCGGAAUGGAGUUAUCAUAGUUUCGGACAAAGGAUAGGCUGAGUCACCAGCUAACAACUGCUGUGACGAAAAAAAUUUGUCUUUUUGCAAGAAAAGUGAGCUGCUGCGGUAUACCCUCGCAUCAUGCCAACUGCCAACAAGGGCAUUUUGAGUUUAUAAUCGCAAAUUAUUUGGGCUUUGAUAGACUAUAUGUGCUUACGAGAAAAGAAUGACAAUGAUUGAUAACUGGCGAUUCUGCUAGCUUUAUCUCUGUACCAUCAAUAUAGCCAAUGCAAAAUGGCAUUUCGGAAUACGUAGCAUGUACAAUUUCUGAUCGCUCUGUUUCAUUUGGCUAAAAAAGGAAGGAAUCUCUUAACCUUAGUAUAGCACUGAAAACUCUUUUCGUAAUUAUGGAUAGAGUUCCACCAUCUCCUACACCAAAUAAGGUUGAAAUAUUUUUCAAUGCAGCACCCUCUCCGCAUGAGCCCAGACGAUAAAGUACAAUUGCUAACUGCAAAUCCACAGGAAUCUGUUUCGAGGAAUGUGCUUUAUUGGGUGAAAUAUAUUGUUAAAUUGUUCCUUGCUUACUCGAAGCAUUUGGCGGAACCGGUUUUCGUCGAAUGUAUUCAAGAUUUCAUUUCGCUAUACUGGUGACUUUGGGACUUCAUGCUCAACUCCACGCUGGCAUGAAAGCACUACUUCAACAUUCAUAUCCAAUUCAUCUAAAAUUUUAUCGACCGCCUCAGCAUCUUCGUCUACUUUUGUAUAAAAAAGGAACCAUGAAUAUAAAAAGAUAUUUAGUCACUAACUUUUACCUAUUAUAUUAAGAAUAUCAUUUGAAGUAUUCUCUACCAAAUAAUUAAGAAUUUUUUGUCUUUCGCUUUUCCUUGGCAUUAUUGCUACUGAGAAUAUUUACCAAAUAUUUUAUUUGACAUUUGACCACUAGAAAUCAGCUGUCAAUUUUACAAUGAACAGGGUUGCAUUUAGAUAUAAAAAAACAGUGGCUCACGAUCUAUUGGAAAAUGCUAUAUUUACACUUUUCAAUAUGCAACGAUGCAUCGGAUUCUGAUUACCCUUAUAAUAAACAUAUUUACUUAGGUUUGGGCAAUUGAUUACAAUUGCACAUGUGCACUUGAAAGCAACCCAAACCAAGCAACAUAAAUUAUACUUGUAUGACAGCACACACACACAUGUAUGGUAUUGUACAUUUGAAAAUAACCCCAUGUGGUGUGCUGUAAAUAUAUACAUAUAUAUUUAAUUAGAUAAGUUAGACUUCUAAAAUAGUAUAUAAGGUUUACAAAUUGAAAAAUAAAAACAGAAUGAAAUAUUCUCAGCUCGACUAAAGACUUUUUUGAAAUCCCCCCACCAGCGGUAAGGUAGACGAAAAUCAAAAAAAAAAACAAAUAAAUGUAAUUUGGUUAAUAAUAAACCGCUAUUAAAAAUUAAGGAAUUUCAGUUGUAUUUUAUUUGGACCAAAAAAGUUAUUAUCGAUUAGGAUAACGUCCGUCCGUUUGAAUAUUUUCAAAUAAAGGGUGAUUUUUUAAGAGCUUGAUAACUUUUUUAAAAAAAAAAACGCAUAAAAUUUGCAAAAUCUCAUCGGUUCUUUAUUUGAAACGUUAGAUUGGUUCAUGACAUUUACUUUUUGAAGAUAAUUUCAUUUAAAUGUUGACCGCGGCUGCGUCUUAGGUGGUCCAUUCGGAAAGUCCAAUUUUGGGCAACUUUUUCGAGCAUUUCGGCCGGAAUAGCCCGAAUUUCUUCGGAAAUGUUGUCUUCCAAAGCUGGAAUAGUUGCUGGCUUAUUUCUGUAGACUUUAGACUUGACGUAGCCCCACAAAAAAUAGUCUAAAGGCGUUAAAUCGCAUGAUCUUGGUGGCCAACUUACGGGUCCAUUUCUUGAGAUGAAUUGUUGUCCGAAGUUUUCCCUCAAAAUGGCCAUAGAAUCGCGAGCUGUGUGGCAUGUAGCGCCAUCUUGUUGAAACCACAUGUCAACCAAGUUCAGUUCUUCCAUUUUUGGCAACAAAAAGUUUGUUAGCAUCGAACGAUAGCGAUCGCCAUUCACCGUAACGUUGCGUCCAACAGCAUCUUUGAAAAAAUACGGUCCAAUGAUUCCACCAGCGUACAAACCACACCAAACAGUGCAUUUUUCGGGAUGCAUGGGCAGUUCUUGAACGGCUUCUGGUUGCUCUUCACCCCAAAUGCGGCAAUUUUGCUUAUUUACGUAGCCAUUCAACCAGAAAUGAGCCUCAUCGCUGAACAAAACACGCGCGCGAAACACAUUUCGAACCGAACACUGAUUUUGGUAAUAAAAUUCAAUGAUUUGCAAGCGUUGCUCGUUAGUAAGUCUAUUCAUGAUGAAAUGUCAAAGCAUACUGAGCAUCUUUCUCUUUGACACCAUGUCUGAAAUCCCACGUGAUCUGUCAAAUACUAAUGCAUGAAAAUCCUAACCUCAAAAAAAUCACCCGUUAUCAUGCCAGUAUUGUUAUUGAGCAUGGCAAAAUAGUGUUGCGUAGGCUGCUACUAUAUAGAUAUUGCAAAUUCAAAAAAUAAUUUCUUUAAGAAUCCUUUUUAUUUAAAAACUUAGCUUAGAACUAAAAAAUAAUAUGUUAAAUCUGUUAGGAUGGCCAAACACUCCGUUUGGAAACGAGUAAGAUUCCUGAUCGCCGGCGUAUAGCUAAAUUCUGACAUAUGAAACGUGUAUGUAGUUUAGGAUUACAAAAAUGUAUACUUAAAAUAUAGGAAACAAGACUAUUAUAAUUAUUUCUUGAUUUAUCUUACAAUAACAAAUUGUGUUUUACUGUUCAGGCGAAUUAUUAUGAUACGUAAUACCAAAUUUUUCAACAAUAGUUAUCUCUUUUGGUCCACUCAUUAUCAAAUAUAAUUUCCAAUUUGUCCAUGAAUAAGUUAACUAAAACGCUUCAAAAUAUAUAGCAUGUUUAUUUAUAUCAAGAAGAUAUAAUUAAAUCUUUUGAUAGCAGCAUUAAACUUCAUUCUAUAAGAAAAAUUGAAAAUAAGUAGUAUUUAUAGUAUAAAUGUUUAAAUACAGUACUGUAAUGCUAUGUGCACAUAUAAGCAGGUUAGCCAGGUUAGCUAGGUUAACUAGGUUAACUUGUAACCUACCCAUAAAAUGCGAGGUUAGCUAUAUAAUUUGUAUGAAAAGAUAACCUCGGUCUGCUCUAUAACCUCCGCGGUUAUUUUAUAACCUACUAAAAUAUGCAUUGUUGCAUUGGAAAGCAGUCGAAAUAUACUCGAAAUUGCGACACUUCAGUAUCUAUUCUGAAUAUUUUUGCUUAAAUUUGACAGCAACUGACAAAAAAUUCGCAGGAAUUUAA